AGGAAGUAACCCCGGGAUAAAAACGCUCCCAAAAGUGUCGGAAACCCGAGGCGGCGCAGGGAAAGCGAGGGGGUGAGAGCGCUGAGCCGCCGCUGUCAGCAGCAGUUACUGGCCCGGUGUGAGCGGAGGAGACUCCGGCGCAGAUGGAGCUGUCAGCGAUCGGAGAGCAGGUGUUCGCCGUGGAGUCGGUGCUCAAGAAGAGAGUUAGGAAGGGGAAUGUGGAGUAUCUCCUGAAGUGGAAAGGGUGGCCUCCAAAGUAUAGCACCUGGGAACCUGAGGAACACAUCCUAGACCGGCGCUUGGUGCAGGCCUACGAGGAGAAAGAAGAGAAGGAGCGAGCUGUUGGCUUUAGGAAGAAAGGAUCCAAAUCUAAAAGACUUCUUCUGCAGGAUACCGUUUACACCAUGGAUCUCCGCAGUGCUCAUAAGAUUCCGGAGAAGCCUCCGCCACGCCUCCGUCUUUCCCUGACUCGCUCUCUGGGCUCCAACGAUGAAGAGGAGCCGUACAGUGCCUGCAGGCCGGCCUCACAACCCGGACAUCGAAAGAGCAGGCAGAGCAGAUGCCUUGUGUCAGACGCUUCUAGUCCUACACAUGAGGACUGGGAGGGGCUUGCAGAUGAAGAGGAGGAGGUGGAGAACAGUGUAGAAGAAGAAGAUGAUGCUUACGAAGAUGAAGACAAGGUGGAGGUUCAGAAGGAGGCACUGAAGAGGAGCACAUCCAUUUUAAAUGGACCAGAGGAGGCAGACGCCUGGAGUUCUGCGGUCGGGCCUCAAAGUAUCGAUACGACAGAGAAUGUGUGGAGACCCCUUAUCGGUCCCGUAGAGGUGACGGUCACGGACGUCACACUCAACUCCCUCACAGUGACCUUCCGAGAGUCCAGAGUGGCCAAGGGCUUCUUCAGAGACUGGGGCCUGGGUGUGUGAGUGAAAUGGGAGCGGACUGGCGCUGCCAGGGGAAGACGGAAACACGUGUAAGUGGUGGUUGAAGGCCAGGGUUGCAGUUUUUGUUCUCUCUCUUUCGCACUACUUUUCCCAUUACUAGCUACUCCCAGCUCGGUGAGUGAUAUGUUUACAUGCACAGACUCACCUGAAUGCAAGACGCACUCCAGGUAAUAUCUUACCAAAAUGAUCACUUCAA